CGGGUCCGCUGAUGUCUAGUGAGGGCAUGGAGCCAUCACUUCCAUGUUCACGUAACCGGGAAUCGCUGGUUUUAAAGAGCUUCAUUGAUAUGACAGCAACCGUUGUGGUAAUCAAUACGGUGUACCGUCCUCAUUCACGGUAUAUUUCGCGAUUUUUAACCUGUGUUGUGCUGGUAAUAUGUCCCAUUGCGUGUCUAGAUGAAGAGUCAAUGGAGGCGUGAGAGAGAAGAGCUUGGAGGAGGAGCGUGAGUGCGUGUGACCCCCCUAGGCCAGGGUCAUGACCCCGAGAUCACGAGGGAAGGCCAAACAUCCUACAACCAUAUAGCACAAAGUCACGGCACCUGAUGGCCGUGACACCAGUCAAGGUGACACCACAAGCAUCAAUCAACAGCCCCACCUCUCAUCCCUACCUCCAAAGUCACCAAGUCAUAACGCCGCACUAAUUCCCCGAUCACGUCUAAAAGAUCACAAGAGAAGGUGACGUUUCCUAAGAUCACUUACGUAAGCACUGACUCAUUACACUCUCCAGGAUCACAGUAGAUAGUGGUAGCCUUCAGGAUCAGAGGCUAUUACAUCAUCAGAAUAACAUUCCCAAGAGUAAUGAAGGGUCACCAACAAAAUCCCAAGAGGCUACACCACCGAAAUCACACGAGCUGACAUCCCUAUCCUUAAAUCAUCCCCCAAAUCAGUAAUAGCUUAAUACAUCCUCAUUUUCUCUCUUCUUCCCCCCUCCUUGUGUUUAUUCUGGACUUUCUCUUCUCCAGGUGACCGCGAUACAGACAGUGUUUGGGUUCUGGCAAGAGAGUGAGUACAGUCUUCCUCUGACUGGCGAGAGACUACCAAGCACCUCUCUUUUGUACUCUGCAACGUAACACAUGAGCAAAGUAUUAAUCUCUCUCUCUCUCUCUCUCUCUCUCUCUCUCUCUCUCUCUCUCUCUCUCUCUCUUCCCUUAAUUACAUAAAUACUUAGAUACAUGCUGUUUAUUCCAGAGAUCACAUAAACACACAAAUACAUCUGUCUUUAAAGACACCGGUGCAUUUUUUUCUGUUCAAUAGAUCACAUGAGCACAUCAGUGUAUAAUGUCUCUCACUGAAUUCAUAGUAGAAUAUCAUGUUAUAGAGAUUAUUUUUGAGAUCACAUGAUUAUAUCAAGCAAGAUUCUUUUAUCAUCUGAGAUUACAUGAGAACAUUAAUUCUCCCUAUCUCCUCCUCUCUCUAUGCUUCAAGCUGAGGACACGUUACCCUACUGACUGUCUCUUAUGAUUUUCUCGUCAGCUUAUGAGACAAACAUCAAUAUUUUUCGGGUUUGAACAGUUUCUGCAUGUACAGUUCUCUCCCCUGUCUUGUAAGAGAGAGUGCAUGUUCGUGAGUGGGUAUCAGGUUACACUGUGUUCUCUUUUUCUUGGUCUUGGCUCGAGAGACUACCGAGUUCCUCUGCCCUUUGUGUCACCACAUUCUCCUCCUCAUUGUCUCUUACUCUACUUCCCUAGUUUAGUGUGAUACUAAUCUUUUCGCGUUUGUCGUAACCUCGUCAAAACAACACUCGUCCCUACGAAACGAAUUAAACUGUGUUACUACAGAAGGAAAAAAACUGUGAAACUAUGAAUACAUGACAAAGAGUGUGGAAAAAGUUGGCCCCCCAAAAAAUGUACCAAAAAGCUGAAAACAAAAACAGGGCGUAAAAGUUGAUCAAUAGAAAAUUGUAAAAAAAAAAAAAAAAAAAGCAAGGCAUUAGUGAAGCGGAGCGAAGUAGAGUUGAGUACAUUACGUCGCAUCACUAAAUGUGCAGAGUAGUUGAAAGUAAGAGUGAUUCACACAGGAUUAGAAGCAGUGGCUUAGUUUUGAAGUGGUAGUAGUAGACUCCAGGGAGUUGGGCCAAGAUGUGUGCAAGUGCCGUAGCGGACUUCUACCGUGAUCGAUGUGUCCUGAUCACGGGAGCCACGGGCUUCAUGGGCAAGGUGCUGGUCGAGAAGCUACUCAGGUCGUGCCCUGGGGUGGCCACCAUCUACCUCCUGAUGAGACCUAAGGGAGGACACGACGUCAGGGCCAGGCUGGACGAGCUGCUCAACUCUAAGGUGUUUGACGAGCUACGGUGCAAGUCACCUGAGGUGUUCCGCAAGCUGGUGCCAGUGCAAGGUGACAUAAUACUACCAAGUCUUGGCAUCUAUGCUGAGGACGCCACCACCCUCAUCUCUACAGUGUCUGUGGUGUUCCAUGCGGCCGCUACAGUUAAGUUUGACGAGGCUCUCAAACUCUCGCUACAGAUGAACGUGCUGGGUACCAAGCGCCUGGUGGAACUCUGUCACAAGAUGACCAAGUUGGUGGCAGUGGUACAUGUUUCCACUGCGUAUUGCAACUGUGAUCGUGGCGAAGUUAAGGAAAUGGUCUAUCCUCCACCUAUUGAUCCCUAUAAGCUCAUCCAACUCAUUGACUGGAUGGAUGAUGAAACCUUCAACUACCUUACACCCAAAUUAAUUGGGACACGGCCAAACACCUAUACUUACACAAAGGCUUUAGCAGAGCAUGUACUGGUACAGGAGGCUGGAUCAUUGCCCUUGGCCAUUGUUCGGCCGUCCAUAGUUGCGGCAGCAUGGCGUGAACCUCUACCAGGAUGGGUUGACAACCUCAAUGGACCCACAGGAUUGAUUGUAGGAGCCGGUAAGGGCAUGCUCCGUACCCUUCACUGUCGAGGAGAGCUGGUGGCUGACCUCAUCCCUGUUGAUAUACCAAUCAACCUGCUUAUAGUUACAGCCUGGCACACAGCCACUCACAGACAAAGUGAGCUGAGAGUGUAUAACUGUGUUUCUGGCAUGGAGCGACCCGUGCGGUGGGGAGAGAUAAACAAACAUGGAAUAUCAGCAUUGCGGAGGAAUGCCAUGAAUGAUGUGGUCUGGUAUCCAAACCUUCACUUCACUCACCAUAAGACACUCAACACCAUUGCCGUCCUUCUACAGCACUGGCUCCCUGCGUACCUCAUGGAUGCUGCAGCCAGACUAGUAGGGAAACGACCCAUCAUGGUGAGAAUUGCUCAGAAACUUGACCGCGCAGCUGCUUGCCUCGAGUACUUCACCACACACGAGUGGUGCUUCUCAAACGACAACGUGCAAAAUCUCUGGUCAACUCUAUCUGAGGUUGAUCAACAUACAUUUAACUUUGCCCUCUCAGCUUUGCACUGGCCCACCUACAUGGAGCAGUACUGUUUGGGUACCAAGCGGUAUGUUAUGAAAGAGGAACUUGCGACACUGCCUUCAGCACGCAAACAUCUCUCGAAAAUGUUUUGGGUGCAGUUUAUGACGAGAAUUAUAGGAGUAGUUGGUCUGGCUGCUCUAUUCUUCUUCUGCAUCAUCGCCCAUACAGAUGUGGUGGGUCCGACAGGCGUGGCGCGUGUUGGUGGUGCUGGUGGCUUGGCGGCUGGUCAUGCUCAAGAGUAGGGCUGCCAGGAGAGCUUGGUACGGCCUCUUCAGGCUCAUGGUCAGGCUUCUCACAUACUUUCCGAUCCUCAACAGGAUAUGAGGCACACUGCUCUCUAGCACCCAGCUCCAUCAUAACAUCUUGAUCAGCAGUUUACCCUGCUGCUACCGUAGCCUGGCGGACAGUGGCAGCCAGUGCAGACACCUGUGUCUCCAUUAGCGACACACCACUCUGCAGCAGUCACUCCUACGUUAAAAAUGUGGCCUUCACAGUAAUAUUAUUGACAAGAACAACCACAAAAGCAGCAGCAGCGUGUGCUAUCGCCAGAUUAUCACUACGAGGAAACUUGUAGGAACCUGAUACACGUAGGAGCUGCCUCAGCAUGGGCUCCUGAGUCAAGACCAUGUCACCAGCAAUAACAACCUCCGUCUGUGUCAUUCUUCUGGCUUUGUUGUGUGAAGUGUGACGGUGUUACCCCAGGGUAGUGUCAUGAUUCGCCUUACCCCUGUCAGAUAUGUUAUGGUUGCACGAUGGACUCCUAAAUUACAAGUCCUGACAAGAGGACUUCAGUGAUGAGUAAAAACAUCUCUGGUGUAGAGGACUCUACAUAUUGUCGAGUCGCUUGCCUACUUUGAUAACUUUGCUGGUUAUUACUUAAAUGUAGAUACUAAAUUAGCACAAAUUUAGGUACAUAACACACGAUCUUGGCUUAAAUAGCAACGCUCAUCUUGCCAUAUAGGACAAGUGAAAAUUUGUGUAUACAGUAAUUUCGCCAAAAUCAUUCUGAACCUAACCAAAAAAAUAUAUUUCACUGUGUUUGUUUAGUAUUAAAUUAUUGUAAACAAAUCUAAAAUAUAUUUAGUUGGGUUAAGCUAAAAUAAAUUGCGCUUGUUAUAAUGAGGUUAGGUAGGUUUUCUAAGUUCCUUUUAGUGCAAAAUUAUAAAUUUUUACAUCAACAUUAAUGAAAAAAUAUAUCUUUAAACGUAUAAGAGAAAAUUUUAGAAAGGACUUAAUUUUAAACGAGUUCUUGCUAAUUGACCAGUUUUACAUAUU